AUGGCAAACCCAUACCCCUUUCAAGACAAGGUCAUUGUCGUCUCUGGCGCCAGCCGAGGCUCUGGCUUGGCCCUCUCGCGAUACCUCCUCACCCGUGGUGCCAAGGUGUCUAUGGCAGCUACUUCUGAGGAGAACCUGAAGAGGGCCAUCGCUGGCAUCGAGCAAGAUAUUCCUGAUGUUAAGGAUCGUGUCAUUUACUUCCCUACCGAUGUCACCAAGCCUGAUGAUGUCAAGGCUUGGAUCGAGGGCACAGUUGCCAAAUGGGGUGAAGUGGACGGCGCCGCCAACGUCGCAGCCAAGAUGAACAAGAGCAUUCAUCCCAUCGAGGAUCUUGAUCUUGAUGAAUUGAAGGAGAUGCUUGACGUCAAUGUCAUCGGUACCUUCAACUGUAUCAAGUAUGAGAUGAAGAACAUGAAGCCUGGAGGCAGCAUUGUCAACUGCGGUAGCCAACAGGUCAAGUACGCUUCUGGAAACAUGGGAGCCUACGCCGCUUCCAAGAAUGCUAUUCGCGGCUUGAGUCAAUCUGCUGCGUAUGAAGGUGGCGCAAAGUACCCCAAGAACCCCAUCCGAGUCAACCUUCUAUGCCCUGGAUGUAUCGACACAGACAUGAUCAAGCAGCCUCUCCAUUUGCCCAACGGUACAACAUGGACCAUGACUGAGGAUGAUAACUUGACAUCCAUUAUCAAGCGAUACUCCAAGCCUGAGGAGAUCGCUGCUUCUAUUGCUUUCUUGUUGGGAGAUGAGAGCAAGUUUAUGACCAAGCAGGAGAUUUAUGUUGAUGGUGGUUGGAUGGAGGCCAACUAUGUUGGAUAA